AUGGAGGGGACGACACCCCCCCAGGCGGCGUACCGGGCGGCCAUGGUGCUGAGUGGGGCGGGCGACGCGCUGGGCUACCGGAACCAGCGCUGGGAGUACUGCCCCUCGGGCCCCCAGAUCCACGCCGAGCUGGCCCAGCUGGGGGGGCUGGGGGGCAUCCAGGCCACGCCCCCCGACUGGCCCGUCAGCGACGACACCGUCCUGCACCUGGCGACCGCGGAGGCUCUGGCCACCGGACUGGAGGGGGAGGCGUUGCUGCAGGAGCUGGCACGAGGCUACGUGGCAGCGAUGGGCGACAUGGAGGGCAGGAAACCCGGCCCCACCAGCAUCCUGGGGACGUCCCAGCUGCGCCCGGGCGAGCCGGCCGGGUACCGGAUCCCCUUCAACCCCAGUGCCACCGGCUGCGGGGCCGCCAUGCGCUCCAUGGCCAUCGGGCUCAGGUACCCACACCCCACAGAGCUGCUGACCCUGAUCCGGAUCAGCGUGGAGAGCGGGCGCAUGACGCACCAUCACCCUACAGGGUACCUGGGGGCGCUGGCCUCGGCCCUGUUCACGGCCUAUGCGGUGCGGGGGCUCUCCCUGGCGCAGUGGGGGGCCGGCCUGCUGCAGACGCUGCCCCUGGCCCAAACCUACGUGCGGGACGCGGGCGUCGACACCCAGCCCAACCUGGACGCCUGGGGGUACUUCCCCCAGAAAUGGGGCUGGUACCUGGCUGAGCGGGGCCUGGCCGAAGGACACGGCCCCCCCCGGUUCCCCUCCCCCUACGGCCCGGCGGAGCGGGACGGGGUCUACCAGACCUUCAGCCUGGAGGGCUGGGCGGGUCGCAGCGGGCACGACGCCCCCAUGAUCGCCUAUGACGCGCUGCUGGGCGCUGGCGACCGCUGGGACGAGCUCUGCAGCCGUGCCAUGUUCCACGGGGGAGACAGCGACUCGACGGGCGUCAUUGCGGGGUGCUGCUGGGGGCUGGCGCACGGGCUGGCCGGGGUGCCUGAGGGGAAUCACCGACACCUGGAGUACCGGCACCGCAUGGAGGCAGCCGCCGACCGGAUCCACGCCCUGGCCUGGGGGGAGAGUGCCCCGUGA